UAUUGGCUCCCGCGUCCAGUCAGCGUCACACAGGCCGCGCUUUACUGCACCGGGACAGCCACUGAAGCGGCAUGUAGUGAACGCUUGACUCAUGGCUCUUGUCAGCCAGAGAGCCCCCGGGACACGGUGACGGAAUUCCACCCGUUCACAUAGGAACGCUGUCACCUCCCGCUCACCCGGUUACCCCCGUGCUCGACCAAUCACAAGCCGAGCCCCGCCCAUUCCCCUGCCAUAGAGUCCAGCGCUAGGAAACAACAAACAUGGCGGAGCCAGUGAGCGCCGGCGCCUCUAGGCCUCCCCUCAGGACUCGGGUGAAGGUCUGGCUGUGCCGAUAUCGCGCGUACGUGUGGCUGCUGGUCCUUGUCACGGGGCUGCUCCUUCUCUAUCACUUCAGAGCGGCGCUCCGCCUCUACGAGGCUGUAGUGACCGUGACUGGUUUCAUCAACACGUUGACCCCAAAAUUCUAUGUUGCUCUUACCGGAACCUCAUCACUCAUAUCUGGGUUAAUAUUGAUUUUUGAAUGGUGUUACUUCCGGAAAUACGGCACAUCUUUCAUCGAGCAAGUGUCUGUAAACCACUUGCGUCCUCUGAUGGGCGGGAUUGAUGCUGGAGCCUCCGCAGAGGGUUUCUUCCCUACCUCUGGAGACAAUGAGACUAGCAGGCAAACUCUGUCAGAGUGCAAAGUGUGGAGGAAUCCCCUUAACCUUUUCAGAGGUGCCGAGUACAACAGGUAUACCUGGGUGACCGGCAAGGAGCCACUCACAUAUUAUGACAUGAAUCUGUCUGCACAGGACCACCAGACGUUUUUUACUUGUGACACUGACUCCUUACGUCCGUCAGAUGCCGUUAUGCAGAAAGCAUGGCGUGAAAGAAUCCCUCAGUCCAGAGUAAAAGCUGCAUACCAAGCUCUAGACGUAGCUAAUGAUUGUGCCACAGCAUACAUUUUGUUGGCUGAGGAAGAAGCCACAACAAUUUCCGAUGCCGAGAAGUUGUUCCAACAGGCGUUGAAAGCUGCUGAAUCAGCAUACAAGAAGUCUCAGCAAACGCAGCACCUGGGCGCCCAGCAUGAAGCACAGUACAAAAGGGAUAUGAACGUGUUGGUUUACACAAAGAGAAGACUGGCCAUGUGUGCAAGGAAAUUAGGACGGAUUCGAGAAGCUGUAAAAAUAAUGAGAGAUCUAAUGAAAGAGUUUCCUCUGCUCAGCAUGGUAAAUAUCCAUGAAAACCUGCUGGAGGCUUUGCUGGAAUUGCAGGCGUAUGCAGAUGUUCAGGCAGUGCUCGCUAAAUACGACGAUAUUAGUCUUCCAAAGUCUGCUACAAUAUGUUACACGGCAGCAUUACUAAAAGCCAGAGCUGUGUCUGACAGAUUCUCACCUGAAACAGCCUCUAGAAGAGGACUGAGCACAGCAGAAAUGAAUGCUGUGGAGGCCAUUCAUCGAGCUGUAGAAUUUAACCCUCAUGUACCGAAGCUUCUGUAAUUUGGAAUAGAGAGCACGGGUGCUGUCAUCCACAACCAUCACAUCGGCCCCUCUCUUCUUUCUGUUUGCACAUGAUCGGUGUCCUUCAGCUUGUAAAGGGAACAAUUCUUGUAGAAGAUCUACAUUAGGUCAUUGAAAUGACGCAACUUAGGAAGUAAAAAAAAAAAUCAAACCACUUUUUUGUGUAAGGCUACCUGCCCGUUUGUUGGCUUUCUUUCACUCAAGAAACAAGCACCUAUAUACGGUAUGUCACAUAGGGGAUGUGACUGACAUGCUGCACAUUAGUACAGCCUAUCAGCAGAGCUUCCAGAGCAUAUUGAUGCGUGACGUUCCCCCAUCCUGUUAACUGCCUGUAAUGUGGAGGAGUUAGCAGUGCAAGCACCAAGUCUCUGCAUAGCACCUGGGCCGAUCUACCACCCAUAUGAUAUAGCCCUCCAUUACACUAUGGGUGUCUUCAUUCAUCUUUUGCUUGGCAUGUGGAAUAUGGGUACUUCAGGCAGCGGAAUCUAGUUCCGUAGUCAAGAACACCAGCAUACACAUUGUAUUUCCCUCAUCGAGUACAUCAAACAGUGCUGCCCCUUACAUGCCUGCUAAAAAUAACGUCUCACAUUUCAAGAGCUCAAUGACAAAGGGUUUCACGUCUGUCUCCCUGGCCCAAACAUUUAUCACUGCCCAGACUUGUUAGGAAAUGUAUAUUUUUGGAAUAAAUCUGGACAAAGACACGGGGACCGGAGCAAUUUGUUACACUGCUUCUGCGUCUCAAUAGACUUGCGGCCAUGGCACAUAUAGAGUUAAUGCCGAAAAUGCUGGGGUGCUUUUAGAAAUUGAGACGUUGAUUUCUAUUUUGAGAAAUGUGGCGCAAUCACAAAGCUAAAUGACUCCAAAUUUACUAUGUAUAUAUAAUAACCAUAAUAUUAUAAAUGGACAAGUCUGGGUUACUGAAGGUUUUCAUAAAUCAUAAAUCGGGCAUGUCGGUGUUAUUGAUGAUGUAAGGAACAUUUAAGUAAUGACCGUGUUUUACAUUCUGAAAAAUCUGGAAAUAGUUAGGGCGUGCUAUUUAUUUGUGGUGGUUCUUCAUCGAAGUUCAUUUUCACAGAAUAGGGUUGAUAUGGCAGAGAGAAAUUAAUCCUUGCCAAGGUAAGGGUUCUGCCAAGCUCUGCUCUGCCCCAGAUAAAGCGACUCUCCUCUGAGGACUGGACAGGCUUUCUUGGCCCCACAUGGGGAAUAUAAAAUAUAAGUGCAAUUAAGAAAACACUCACCUCUCCUCUGUUCCACUGAGACACUGGUAGGUGGCAUCACCAAUGGGGUCGUUGAAGUGAAGGUGACAUUAGUCUCCAUGACUACCUCUGGAAUUGGGGUUGUCAAAACUGAAUGAGCCUUGACAACAUAUAGAAUGAAUGUAUCACACCAGUCAGUUUAAAUGAGCGUUCUGACUGAGACAGACUGGUUAAUGGGAAGUGUUGCCUGAAAUUACAGUGGCAGCAUAUCCUUAGCAACCAGAAUGUCAGACAUAACCCGAAAAGGGGUUGUCUAAGAAUUUUCAAGUGAUGGCCUAUCCUCAGACUGAUCGUGGGGCUCCAACACCCGCACCUUUGUUAAUUAGCUGUUAUGCAGUAGCUAGGGAGCUGGUUACUAUACUGCUGCUCCCAUUGAAGUAAAUUGUAUCAGCGCUGUAGUAACUAGCUCUGUCCACUACAGGAUGGACAGAACUGUUUAAUUUCGACUCUGAUUUCCACCCAAAGCUUGGUCAGUGUUAAAGACGCAGAGCGAUGCUCUACUUUGGUCCAUGAUGCGGACCAAAAACGCCCAUCGAAGUCUAUGAGUCCAUGAAAAACCACUGAGACAACACAGAUAACAUCAGUGUUGUGUCAGUGUUACACAGACCAUUGUUAGGUCAUGCUCUGGAAAUUUAAUUUGCAGCUGAGCAGUGUCCAUGAAAUACGGAUUACACACAGAGGGCAAAAAAAAAUUAACCAAACGCAUAUUCUUAACGAACAUCUUCACAGAUGAAACAUGGACGGUAUUACCAACCAGCAGGUGUGAACCCACUGUGCCACGUGCCCAUCCUCUUCUAAGCACGUGGUCUAAGUGAACCUUUUUUUCUUAACAGUACCCCUAAUGGUAGAAAUAGGCUUUCCCGAGGGGAACACCAUGUCACUACCUCUUGAGGUGGAUUUUCUGGUCUAGGGGGUGCCAGAGCAAGGUACCAGAGGUUCAGUCAUAGUCAACAGGCCGAGUUGUAACCAGGAGCAACAUUGCAAGACUGAACGUUGAGGCAGAGACGAAGUUGAACAAGCAAUGGGUCAGGGCAGGCAGCUCAGGUGCUGGUCAGGCAAUCCGGGUUUAGCAACAGAAGAGACGAAAAAGGACAGAUAAGGAUCAAACAGGAACCGAAGUCUAGAAUCCAAGCAUGGGUCAGGAAUGCAGGAACACAGGCACAAACAACAGCAACCUUUGCAGAACACAGGGACUUUUGAUGCUCAGGCACCUGGGAAGAGGGCUGGACCACUUAUAUAGGUACAGGAUAGCUGGGAUUGGUCACACAGGUCACGUGUAAAGCCCUUAAAUCACAGGAAGUGAUGCAUGCUGGCCCUUCACGAGGUGCUACAGGGAACAGGCUGGAAGGCAUGCUGUCCAGGGCUAGAAGGAAAGAGGCCACAAUGCUCAAGUCAGCCUCUUCCUUUGCCUGUGACAUCACAUCCGGUCAUUCACGUGAAUGGCAUUGGGCUGCAGUACCAAGCAUGGCCGUUAUCCAAUGUAUAGGGUUGUGUUUGGUAUACUAUAAAGAGACUGUAGUUCUUGUCAGGGUGCUGUGGCAUCUUCAAACACAUCAUUGGCAGGGAUAUCAGAAAUCAGACAAAAACAUGAUGAUAGGUCAUCAAUAACUAAUUCCCAGGGAUCCCCUUUAUGUUUCUGAAUAAAAAAAAAAACAUGCAUGUUGUCAUUAUCAAUGGAGAACAAGAAUUCGAAGAUACACUUAUAACUUUUAUGUUAUUUUUCUCCAUCAUUCAGUAUAAUGUGAAUGAUGAUUUUCACUUCUUUCUCCCUGUCAAUUUUAAUAAACUUAAAAAAAAUUCAGUCAGAUAGAUAAUUGCUGGACAAAAUUGUUACUCACUUGCAUGAAUGAUCAAGAGAGGCAAUUUUGUAGCAGACACUUUGUCUUCUCUUUGCUCAUUGCAUUGGCAUUCAGAGAAAGAUAAAAGUGGCUAAUCUUUUAUAUGUUAAGAAAUAUUCUGUUUAAUUACCACAUUUUGUACACCCUUCUGAAAUUUGAGUUCUGAAGUGUUCCUGACAGUUAUGAAUAUGAGCGAUGUUCACAUGAAAG